UCUACGUGUCGUUUUUUGACCUCAGAUUCUUCUUUAUUCAAUUCAAAUUGAUGGGAUUUCUUUUGUUUUUAGGAUUCGAUUUGGAGUUGAGUUUCCUAGAUUGAUAUGGCAUUUUUCUUUUUGGUAAUUUUCCUUGAUUACGAGUGCUUCAAUUGUGGCCUUUUGUUUAGCUGAAAUGAACAAAGAAUAGUUUGGUGACCUUUUGAAGGAAGUUGACCGUGUAUGAUGAUGAGAAGGAAAUAAGUUUUUCUUUUCUAUUUUCUUUUCCUUUUCCUUUUUCACAUUAAAAUUUAGUUUGGAUUUCUGGGUAAAGUGGAUUAUUGAGUUGUGUGGAAAGUUAGGAAAAUUUGGACAACAGGAUCGAAUUCUGGGUUCCAUCAUGAGGAAGAUUUAGCAUCAAAUAUGAACCGGCACGCUUUACCAUUCCAAUCAGUUGCGUUUAGUUGUAGUUCUGACAUGAUUCCGGUGGGUGGUUACUUUGCUCCACCGCCGAUGUUCUUGCCGGGGAAUUCCAGUAUUAUUACCACUUCUCCUGCCUUAAUCCAACCGGGAAGUUCUUCUGGAUCUUCCUUCCUUCUAGAUUCUGUUGCAGGACUCAAGGAUGAUACAGGGUUGGCUGUCGAGUGGUCUGUUGAUGAACAAUAUAUAUUGGAGGAUGGCCUUGAAAAAUAUAAAGAGGAACCGAAUAUUUUGAAGUACAUAAAGAUUACAGCUACUUUGCCUGAUAAAACCGUACGUGAUGUUGCUUUGAGGUGCAGGUGGAUGCAAAGAAAGCGACGGAAGCCUGAACAUAAUUCAGGAAAAAAGCCGAACAAUAGAAAGGAUAAGCCGGUGGAAUCAUCUUCUAAGAUGAAUUUGCCUUCAUCUCUGCCACCAACCAUGUCUGCAUAUCCUCCAAUGAUGCACCAUGUGGACCAGAAUGAAAGAAUGCCUUCUGAAGGAAUAUGCGGUACAAUUAUGCAUAUUUUGAAGCAAAAUGCUCAAACUCUUAGCCAAAUCACAUCCAAUCUUUCUGCAUACAAGUUACAGGAUAACAUCGAUCUCUUUUGUCACGCAAGGAACAAUAUUACCGCCAUGCUAAACGACAUGAGAGAUACACCAGGUUUAAUGAGCCAUAUGCCACCGUUGCCUGUGUCUGUUGAUGAGGAUUUAGCAAUUAGCAUCUUGCCUGGAGCAACUAAUGCCUUGUCUCAGACAGUGGUUUUUGGCUCGCCAAGCGGGAUCCAUCUCAAGCAGGAACCAAGGUGCUGAUAUCGAACUGUCAAGAUUGAGACUGGAUAUAUCUGGUUCGUGUAACUACAAAAGAAAAUUCGACCGUAAAUGCCAUCAGAAGUUUGUAGAGAUCCCCCAUUUUCGGAACCCGAUAAUGUUUUACCCAUCAUAUAUUAAAUCCAUGCACCCGAUAUUAAGAAAUGCAGCACUUAUCAUCUCCUUGCUCCAUGGAGGCUAAAAAUAUUCCAAAAUAAAAAAA